AUGCCGCUGUUCAGCAAGCAGGCCUCCCUGGCGUGGCUUCUCAGCUCUGCAACUUUAUCCCUCGCAUUUUUCAAGGUGCCCUGCAGCACCCCCCUUGUCAUCCAACGCGCAGACCCUAUCGUCCAGCCGGGUGUUGCAUCUGGCCAUGUCCAUACAAUCAUGGGCGGAUCCGGCUUUGGAUUCACAAUGGACUACAACAUGACUCAGACGUCGCAGUGCAACUCUUGCUCCGCGGUAGAGGACAAGUCCAACUACUGGGUUGCCUCGCUGUACUACCACGCGCAGAACGGGAGCUUCAUCCAAGUGCCCCAGAAUGGCGGUGCUCUCAUCUACUACGAGCAACGCCCUGACCCAACAACCGACGGCACCAUCGUCGCACCCCCAGCCGGGUUCCGCAUGGUCGCGGGCAGCCCCUUCGAUCGCAGCGACAAAGGCGACAUUGCCACCGCCGCUCGCAGCUUUGCGUGCCUGAACUACAACGCCCCCGGCACCCCGCAGACCCACGGGUUCCCAACGACCAACUGCCCGAACGGCUUGCGCGCGCAGGUGUACUUUCCCUCGUGCUGGGACGGCGUUAACCUAGACAGCCCCGACCACAGGUCCCAUGUGGCCUACCCAACUCAGAGCUACGACAACGGGCCGUGCCCUGCAUCCCACCCGGUCAGGAUUAUCUCGAUCUUCCUCGAGGUUACCUGGCACACGGAGCGGUUUGGGAAUAUGUGGUAUGGUAACCAGCAGCCCUUUGUGUUCUCGUUCGGGGAUCCUACGGGCUAUGGAUUGCAUGGUGACUUUCUCAACGGCUGGGACAUUGACGUUCUCCAAGACGCCAUCAACACAUGCCACGACGGCGGCGGCGACAUCACAAAGUGCGAGCCCAUCACCAUGCAGCCAGACUGGGUGACAGACGGCUGCAUUCUUGAGCGCUCGAUCAACGAGAGAAUCGACGGGUGGCUCGAUGAGCUCCCCGGGUGCAACCCCAUCCAGCCCGGCCCCAACGACGCCAGGCCCGUCACCGGCUGCGGCGCACCAACCACCAUCGGCGAGCCCCUGCACUACUACACCGAUCUCACUGGCAGCCACGGGUGGGAGUGGGUGGGUUGCACUCGGGAUAAUGUUGGCGGGCAGCGGGUCCUAGUCGGGUCGAUGGCAGGGAUCUCGGAUAUGACGCCGGCCAAGUGCGUGGAGAAAUGCAAUGCCGAAGGCUACCAGUAUGCUGGCGUGGAGAAUGCAGACGAGUGUUUCUGUGGGAAUAGUGUGGACCAGGACGAUAUGCCUACAGUUACGCCCAUGGGCAAUUGUCUGUGGCCUUGUGCUGGCGACAGCCUGCAGAACUGCGGAGGAUAUGGGUUUAUCGGUCUGUAUCGCAGGUGCCAGGGUGGAUGCAGGAACCUGGAGUAUCCCAUUGUCCCGCAUUAG